AUGCCGACUGUUCCAAAUCACCUCUUCACUAUUCUUCUGAGUCAGUAUCCUGAGAAAGGGAAGACACUCCCAUCUGAGGAAAGGGGACAGCCGCCGCCGAGGGGUCCGAGUUGCCGACGAGGUUUCCCCGUUCGACGUGCAGGGGCCCCAGCCGUGUGCGGAGCUGAGGGCAGCCCCCGGGGCCUCGGGGUUCGAGCCCCGCACCGGCAGCUCACCUGGCCGGGCCGGGCCGGUCGGCGGCAGACUUUGCCUUUAGCCUCUAUAAAAGGUAACGGCGGCGUGAGUCAGAGCCGCCGCCUCCUCCCCGCCUGCUCUCACGUACGCGCAAGCUGGGCAGGCAGGCAGGGAGCUGCCGCCGGCAGUCCAGCACCCGCGCACUUGCUGGAGAUGAGGCGUGCAGCGCUGCGGGUCUGCGUCCUGCUCUUGGCCACCCUGGGCCGCCCCGGCGCCGGCAGUGAGCACGACGAGGAGCACGACGGCGAGGACCUCUCUCACUCCCCGGAGAAAGGUCCUGGCCACAGUCACUGGAGCUAUGCAGACCGGGAGCACUGGGGCGAGGACUUCUCAGACUGUGCAGGCACUUUUCAGUCACCCAUCAACAUCGACACGGCCAGGACCACAUUCAGCCCACAGCUGCGGCCAAUUCAGCUCUCUGGCUACAGUCUUCCCGCCAAGCAGAAGCUCAGACUGAGGAAUAAUGGGCACACAGUUCAGCUCGAUCUGCCUGAGUCACUGGCUAUCACUGGUGGCUAUGCCCAGCAGUACCGAGCUGUGCAGCUGCACCUGCACUGGGGCUCGCUGUCGGGACCUGGCUCAGAGCAUACCAUCAACGGGCAUCGCUUUGCUGCAGAGAUCCAUGUGGUGCACUACAACAGCAAGUAUGACAGCUUUAAUGAGGCAAUGGUCCAUCCAGAUGGCCUGGCUGUACUGGCAGCCUUUCUGGAGGUUGGACCAAGGGAGAACCCAUACUAUCAGGAAAUACUUGAGCACCUGUACAAAAUCCAAGGUGAAGGUGAGGAAGUCUUGGUGCCUGGAUUCAACAUUGCAGGUCUCCUGCCUGCCAACCUGAAAUUCUACUUGCAUUACAAUGGCUCUCUGACCACCCCUCCAUGUUACCAGACAGUGAAGUGGACAAUCUUCAACCAGACCAUGAUGUUCUCUCAUGACCAGAUGUCAGUGCUGGUGAGGACCCUGAGAAAUGAUGACAACAAACCUCUGCAGGACAACUACCGGCCGGUGCAGGGCCUACACAGGCGACAGGUGCUGGCGAGUUUCCAGACCACCCUCCCUUCAGCAAAGCAGCCACCUUCUGGUAAUGAAGGCUCAACAGCAACAGGUAGGAAGCCAUGGCGGGGUUUACAGGGCUCACAUCCUCUCAUCUUUGUCUCCUUUGCAGAAGGACACUCCAGCUCUUCAUUUCAUGCAGGGGAUGUGCUGGCUGUGCUCUUCGGGGUGCUCUUUGCCAUCACGGCACUGGCCUUCCUGCUGUACAUCCUCAAGCACCGCAGCCCAAACACACGGCUGGACUCACCAGGUAAAUCCAAGGUCAUCUACACAGCAGCCACCACCGAAAACACUGCAUGAGCCCUGUGCCUCUCUGGCGCUC